AUGGAAGACGGCAAGAUGCCCAUUAACCCUAAUAUUCCAAAUCAAGGUUUGGUCCAUGGCCCGGGGGGAUUCGUAUACGAAUCCCCGUACAUGACCCCUAUGGGUGGUGCGGCAGCAAAAAGACCAAGUGAUCUAAAUAUCCCUUUACCAAGAUUUCCUCAUCCAGGUCAAAAUUUGGUGAAGAGUGAAGAAGGUGUCUUUGACACAUUGGCAUUACACCCGGGAUUAAGGGUGCAAAUACCAUCGCAUGAUCAAUUGACGAACACUAUGCCUAUGAAACUUGAUGAGGGCCAACAACUUCAACGCAUUAUGCAGCAUGACCUUGAUAGCGCUCCUACAGUGAAGCCCAUGCGGAGCAUGCCACAUAUGCGUUACCCUGCGGCAUCGGCAUACACCAAUGCCUUUACACCCAACGUAGUGAACUAUGGUAUGGCACCGCAACAACAUCGGAUGCCUGAUGUUGCAGUUCCACAAAUGUUUCGGUUCCCACCACACAAGGAUGCUGUAAACCACGUGUUUGCACAACUUGACGGGGAAGUUGGCCAUAUUGGAGCGGCUCGUGGUAUGACACCAAUGCCAAAGCCGCAUCCAGUUACUCAGUCGUUUAAAGGGCAUCCCCCUUACCCCAGCGGCUACGCAUCAACUUUGGAGAAGUAUCGUCAGAAGUUACGUUUGAAACAAGAUUCUGAGCCUUCAGCUGGUACCCGUGAAUGCAAUGGUGGUAUAGUAUAUGAUAAAGGCCCUUUUUCUCAAGGUGGUCGUUGGUUAGUAUUUUGGGAUUGCAAUGGUAGAAUGUGGCGUAAGUCAUUUUUGGUUAGUAUGUACGGUUCUGACGGUGCCAAGGAGUUAGCUGAGCGAUUCUGGGUGAGCAAGAUGCGUGCUAUGCAACUAUACAAUUCUAUUCGUGCUACAUCAUCAUUUGAUGCAGAUCCUAAACGCCUAGCUGAAGCUCAGCGUGCUGGCCGGCAGAAUCGUGCAGGUUAUACAUCCAUGUCUGGUGGCGAUUCAUCUGCUGAUUUGGAUAAACACCAGGUGCCUGACGAUCCCGAGGUUAUUUGGGACGAUGAGGCUAAUUGCUGGUGUUUCGAGUAUUUGGAUCGUGCUACCAACACUCUGACUAUUAAGCGUUUCCCUGUUAGCAAUCCUUCAAUGAUGCAGGACGUGAAGAAGGAGGCUAUAAGGCAGCGCGUUGAGCACUGGCGCGAGAUUGUGAAGGCGUAUACUGAAUCGGAAUAUUGUGGUCACACUUAUGAGAAAUCGCGUACAUGUUGGCGUGUAUCUCAUUGGAUUCCUUCAAAGGGUAUAAACCGUAACCGUUACUUCAACAUAUCAAAGUAUGGGUACAUUGAGGCUAAGGAGAAGUCUAAGAUGUACCGUUUGAUAGUCCACGACUUGGGUGGUGAGGAGCCAGCAUCAUUUCCUGCUGAUAACAUUCCUCCUCCUGCAUUUUUCGCGGACCCGGUUACUAAGUUUUAUCACCGCAUAUUAAAUUCUUUGCGGAAACAGGAACGUAGCUAA